CAACUCGCAAGUUUGAGAGACAUUUCAUCAAACAGGAUAGGCGUCAGCUCAGUGCCGCUGCCACACGUGUUGCCUUCUGAUAAACCCCUGCCCACACGUGUUGCCUUCCCCCAAAAACCCCUUACAUCUACCGCCGCCGCCGCCGCGAAGGCUGCAGCCGCUCACCUCGCAAGAUGCACGGCCUCAGCUCCUCUCUCCGCUUCCUCAGACUUCUUCUCAGCUCAGACUAACCUCAGCUCCGCCGGCCCCAUGGCGUGUCUUCUGAAAACCCGGUCCGUGAUCCGGUUCAGGGGGCCCGAAACCCUCAAGUUCCUCCAGGGUUUGGUGACCAACGACGUGCGGAGUUUGGACGAUCCACACUCUGUGGCGGAGAACGCCGCCACCCCUAACAUGCCGGCGGUUGCGGCGGCGCCGGUGUACGCCGCGAUGUUGACUCCUCAAGGGAGGUUUCUGUACGAUUUCUUCCUGUAUAGACCGCCCCGUGCUGAUGAGAAGCUCGACGCCACCGGGUCGGGGCCCGGACCCGACUCCGGCGAGCUCGAGAUUUAUGCGGAUGUGGAUGGAUCCGUCGUCGACGAGCUCUUGGCUGCCUUGAAAAAAUUUCGUUUGAGGUCUAAGGUUGAUAUUGAGAAUGUGGGAGAGGAAUUUUCGUGCUGGCAACGGUUUAGUUGGGACCUUGAAGGGAAGUCUUCGUCUCAGGAGGAACCAGAAGCUGAUUCUGUUGGCUGGGGUGGUACAGUCGAUCAGUCGGGCGUAUCUGCUUCACAAGGAAAUAAUAUUGGUUGGAAUUGGCAGAAAGAUCCACGGCUGACUUGUCUAGGAUAUAGGGGCAUCUUUCCAUCUCACGCAACACCGCCUCUAGUCGAGGAGGACAAGGAAACGGAUGAAGGAAACUUUCUUCUUUGGAGAUUAGAGAAAGGAGUCGCAGAAGGCUCUUCUGAGAUUCCAAAAGGCGAGGCAAUACCGCUCGAGUACAAUCUUGCUGGUCUAAAUGCUAUAAGCUUCGACAAAGGAUGUUACGUUGGCCAAGAACUUGUUGCUCGGACACAUCACCGUGGAGUAAUCCGAAAGCGUUUAAUUCCCGUCCGAUUCUUGAGCAGUAGCGGAAAAGAGGUGGAGCAGCAAGUAUCUCCAGGUGCAGAAGUGAUGGAUGAUGCAUCUAGAAAGAAGGCCGGAUCGGUGACGACUGCACUUGGGUCUCGCGGUCUGGCGCUCGUACGGUUGGAGGAAGCGUUCAAAGAGACGGGCGGCUUGGCCGUUUACGGCCACGAAGAUAUCAAAGUUGAGACCAUUCGGCCAAAAUGGUGGCCGUCGGAGUGGUUUCUUCAUCAGACACCAGCUGCGUAGGAUUUGUAUGCGACUUCGCAGCUGCAACUUUUGUAAUACGAAAUAAUUGUAUCCUUUUAGUUUUAUACAUGUGGAUACAGUUUAUUAUAUUACUAACUUUUAAAGGUAUAAAGUAGUGAAGUUU